AUUUGAAAGAACGCUAACGCACGUGCGAUAAAAAGGCCGGCAGCCGCGUUCAGCCAUCGCAGUCGUCCCUGGAUUCGUUGGGAGCUUCAGUGCGAACGUAAAAUUCUCUGUAUUUCUCCGAUUCGACCGGCUCGUCCGCCCCACCCCAACACAGCAAGAUGUGCGACGACGAUGUGGCUGCCCUCGUUGUGGACAACGGCUCCGGCAUGUGCAAGGCCGGCUUCGCCGGCGAUGACGCUCCCCGCGCCGUGUUCCCGUCCAUCGUCGGCCGCCCCAGGCAUCAGGGCGUGAUGGUGGGCAUGGGCCAGAAGGACAGCUACGUGGGCGACGAGGCCCAGAGCAAGCGUGGCAUCCUGACGCUCAAGUACCCCAUCGAGCACGGCAUCGUGACCAAUUGGGACGACAUGGAGAAGAUCUGGCACCACACCUUCUACAACGAGCUCCGCGUGGCCCCCGAGGAGCACCCCGUUCUGCUGACUGAAGCCCCCCUGAACCCCAAGGCCAACCGGGAGAAGAUGACUCAGAUCAUGUUCGAGACUUUCAACACCCCGGCCAUGUACGUGGCCAUCCAGGCCGUGCUGUCCCUGUACGCGUCCGGCCGUACUACGGGCAUCGUGCUCGACUCCGGCGAUGGCGUCUCCCACACCGUGCCCAUCUACGAGGGGUACGCCCUGCCGCACGCCAUCCUCAGGCUGGACCUCGCCGGCCGGGACCUCACAGACUAUCUCAUGAAGAUCCUCACCGAGAGGGGCUACUCGUUCACCACCACUGCCGAGCGUGAAAUUGUCCGCGACAUCAAGGAGAAGCUGUGCUAUGUCGCCCUGGACUUCGAGCAGGAGAUGGCCACAGCCGCCUCUUCCUCCUCCCUGGAGAAGUCCUACGAGCUUCCCGACGGCCAGGUCAUCACGAUCGGCAACGAGAGGUUCCGUUGCCCCGAGGCCCUGUUCCAGCCCUCGUUCCUGGGCAUGGAAGCGUGCGGCAUCCACGAGACCACGUACAACUCCAUCAUGAAGUGCGACGUGGACAUCCGUAAGGACCUGUACGCCAACACGGUCCUGUCCGGAGGCACCACGAUGUACCCAGGCAUCGCCGACCGCAUGCAGAAGGAGAUCACCGCCCUGGCGCCGUCCACCAUGAAGAUCAAGAUCAUCGCUCCUCCCGAGCGCAAGUACUCCGUCUGGAUCGGCGGUUCCAUCCUGGCCUCCCUGUCCACCUUCCAGCAGAUGUGGAUCUCCAAGCAGGAGUACGACGAGUCCGGCCCCAGCAUCGUGCACAGGAAGUGCUUCUAAGCUCCCGGCGGGACUUCUCGGCCUCCCCGAUCCCGAGGACUUUGCGUGUACCGGGGCUACGGUGCUCUGGCGGGUGACGGGAGGGUGAGGGCGCGGGGGUUCUACCAGAGUUCGACUGCAACCAAAAAGAAAAAAAUUGGAGGACGGCGGUUCUGGGCGACUCGGCCGAGGUCCUUGUGCGGCCGUCGACUGCAGCGGCGGUCCGCGCCGGUGGACGUGCGACAGAACCGCGAUGUCCUCUCCAACGACGUCCCUCCCGGGCGGCCGGGCGCUGGCUCGCGUCCGUGGCCGUCACGAGCCGGUGGGGCGCUGCGCUCGCUGCGUCUGCCGGCGGUUCUUCAAGUAUUCAGAACGAGGCGGUUGCCCGAGGACGGAUGCAUCGACACAAAGUGUUCCUGGAUUUUUUUUUCUUCCAGAUGUGCAAAAGAAAAUUGUAUUUAUGAGAAGUGUUUAUAACUGAAAUAAAUUCUCGCCAUUACCUUAAAG